UGCAUGAGCAGAGUCAGACUGGCGGCUUCUCCACUCGCCUCAGUCGCAGGUUGACCAUCCUUCGCACGUGUCGUCGCGGUUCUCCGAUUUGUCGCAACUUGCAGAAAUUCAGCCCAAAAACGCGGUGUCCUCUAAUGACCUCACAUCCUGUUUUCCCCACUUCCUUCUGAAUGGACCGGUUUGGGACGGUCCGGUCACAGCGCAGCGUGGAUCUGUGGUGUGUCGGCGCGUUUCUCCAGACACAUGUUAGAUCGUCAGUGUUCACGGGCUGCAGAGGGCAUCCGAGCAAACUUUUAUAACGAUCCGACAAUGCAAAGUCUGACUCACUGAUACAGAGGAGAAGAGGCAUUGCUGUUCUUUGCACUUCUGACAGAAUGAAGACGGGAGAGGUGAAGAUUAUAAACAAGGGCCUGGAGGAUGAGAUGGAGGUGUGGGGGUACCGGCCAUGUCUGUGGAAGAUGGUCCUGGUGGGUAUGGGUGCUGUUUGCUCCGGCGGUCUCCUGCUGCUGCUACUCUAUUGGCUGCCUGAGUGGGGCGUCAAGGGCACCUGCACACACACCUCGCUGAGGGAUGCACGCACGCUGCUGCUCAGGACCACAGAUGAGUUCAGGCAGUGGUUUCGAGCCAAAGUACACGUGAUGUUGGCUCCAGGGAGGAAACCCUUUGACAGUUUCAAUCUGCAGUCAACGGCCCAGCUGCCAAACGGAGAUGGUGACCACGGCGUCAGUGCAGAGGAGCAUCAUGGGAAAUUUGCUCAAAGGCAACCUGCUCAGAUCCACUACUUCACCCACCACAGCACUAAAUACUACUGGAAUGAUGAGACACACAACUUUGAGCUGUAUAAAGGCUUGGAGGAUGUGAAUGUGAGCUGUGCGAGCGUCCACUCUGACCACAGCUCUGGACUUUCUAAAAUGCUGCAGGACUACAGGAGACUGUUUUUCGGGGAGAAUGAGAUUGCUGUGAGGGUGCCCUCUUUAUUCAAGCUCCUCAUAAAGGAGGUCUUAAACCCUUUCUACAUCUUCCAGCUCUUCAGUGUUAUUCUGUGGAGCGCAGAGGACUACUACUAUUAUGCCACAGCCAUAGUUUUCAUGUCUGUCAUUUCAAUAGCUACCUCAUUGUACACCAUUAAAAAGCAAUAUGUGAUGCUACAUGACAUGGUGGCAGCACACAGCGUGGUCCGUGUCUCAGUGUGCAGAGGAAAUAAAGAUAUUGAAGAGGCCAUGUCGACAGAGCUUGUGCCUGGUGAUGUCGUCAUUAUUCCGGUGAAUGGGAUGAUCAUGCCCUGCGACGCCGUGCUCAUCCAUGGCACCUGUAUUGUAAAUGAGAGCAUGCUGACAGGAGAGAGUGUGCCAGUCACCAAGACCAGUCUGCCUAGUUUAGGAGAGGAGGCAGCCAGGAGGUACAAUAUGGAGGAGCACAAGAGAUACACCCUGUUCUGUGGUACCCACGUCAUCCAGACCCGCUUCUACACUGGUGAGCUGGUGAAGGCUGUUGUGGUCAGAACAGGCUUCAGUACAGAGAAAGGCCAUCUUGUGCGCUCCAUCCUUUACCCUAAACCCACAGACUUCAAGCUGUACCGUGAUGCUUACCUGUUUCUGCUGUGUCUGGUGGGUGUGGCAGGGAUCGGCUUCAUCUACACCAUCGUCCUCAGUAUAAUGAACAAGGUUCCAGCUAAAACCAUCAUUAUCGAAUCCCUAGACAUCAUCACCAUCACCGUGCCCCCGGCCUUACCAGCAGCCAUGACGGCUGGUAUUGUGUACGCACAGCGGCGUCUGAAGCGGGUUGGCAUCUUUUGCAUCAGUCCCCAGAGGAUCAACAUGUGUGGUCAGCUUAACCUGGUUUGCUUUGAUAAGACUGGUACUUUGACUGAGGAUGGUUUGGACCUGUGGGGUAUUCAGAGAAUUGAAGAUGGCAGCUUUUCUCCGCCAGAGUCUGAAGCAGCUAAAGAGAGUCUGGUGAACUCUGCGUUUGUGGCCUGCAUGGCAACCUGCCACUCACUGACCAAGAUAGAGGGCGAACUCUCUGGAGACCCUUUAGACCUCAAGAUGUUCAGCGCUACAGGCUGGAUCCUAGAGGAGCCCACAGAGGAAGAGACUGCUCUCCACAAUCCCAUCAUGCCCACAGUUGUGCGACCUCCAAAGCACGCCAUCCCUGAAGCCAGCCAGAGCAAUCCACUAACUCAGAACAUGGAGCUGUCUGAAGUAUCAUCCUGUGAGAUUGGUAUUGUCCGUCAGUUCCCCUUCUCCUCUGCGCUGCAGAGAAUGAGUGUGGUGGUCAGGAGGUUGGGGGAAAGACAUAUGGACGCCUACUUAAAAGGAGCACCAGAGAUUGUGGCCAACCUCUGCAAACAGCACACAGUCCCACAGAGUUUCACAGAGACUCUGGAGACCUACACCAGGCAGGGCUUCAGGGUUAUUGCCCUGGCACAUAGACAGCUUGAGUCCAAACUCUCCUGGCACAAAGUCCAGAGCCUCAGCAGGGACCUGAUAGAGACCAACAUGGAGUUCCUUGGAUUGAUCAUCAUGCAGAACAAAAUAAAGCAGGAGACUGCCGGGGUUUUAUGUGAAUUACGAAAAGCAAACAUCCGCACUUUGAUGGUUACAGGUGACAACAUGCUGACAGCCAUAUCUGUGGCUCGAGACUGUGGGAUGGUCCGUGCACAUGAGAAGGUCAUUAUAGCAGAUGCCGUGCCUCCUAAAGAUUUUCAGUCUGCUAGUAUCACAUGGCAUUACACUGAAAACCCUGCUCAGGUGGUCAAGGACAAUCAGACUGUGGAGAUAAACCUGGAGGAGGGGAUGUAUGACAAGAAACAGACUCUGCAGGAACAAAGCUAUCACUUUGCUGUGAGCGGCAGAGCAUUUGCUGUUAUUACGGAGCACUUUCCUCACCUUGUCCAAAAGCUCGUGUUGAGGGCCACAGUGUUUGCCCGCAUGGCUCCAGACCAGAAGACUCAGCUGGUGGAGGUCCUGCAGAGCAUUGACUACACUGUUGGGAUGUGUGGUGAUGGUGCCAAUGACUGUGGUGCUCUUAAGAGAGCUCACAGUGGGAUUUCACUGUCCGAGCUGGAGGCCUCUGUUGCUUCCCCCUUUACCUCCUCCACUUCAAACAUCUCCUGUGUCCCCAACCUCAUCAGGGAGGGUCGAGCUGCCCUUAUAACGUCAUUCUGCGUAUUCAAGUUCAUGGCUCUCUACAGUAUCAUCCAGUACCUCAGUGUCACGCUGCUCUACUCAAUCCUCAGCAACUUGGGAGACUUCCAGUUCCUCUUCAUUGACAUUGCCAUCAUUCUCAUCAUUGCCUUUACAAUGAGUCUGAACCCCGCGUGGAAGGACCUGGUGUGGCGCCGACCCCCGUCCAGUCUGAUCUCUGGCCCACUGCUCUGCUCAGUUCUGACCCAGAUCCUCACCUGCCUGGUCUUCCAAGUUCUGGCUUUCCUCCUAGUGCGACAGCAGAGCUGGUAUGAGAUAUGGACACCUCAGUCAGAUGCCUGUAAUGUUUCCAGCUCCAGUCUCUCUCACAGCCAGAACACGACGUCUCCUCACGACCACAAAAACAUCAGGAACUAUGAGAACACCACCCUCUUCUACGUCUCCUCCUUCCAGUACUUGGCGGUGGCCAUCGUCUUCUCCAAGGGAAAGCCGUUCAGGCAGCCAAUCUACAAGAAUUGGCCAUUCAUGCUGUCCUGCAUCGGUCUGUAUACUUUUCUCCUCCUCAUCAUGCUCUAUCCUAUUCCUGCCAUCGACAGCUUCUUGGAGAUCGUGUGUGUUCCCCACGACUGGCGCAUUACUCUGGUCGUCAUUGUCAUAGUGAAUGCGGCUGUGUCUUUCAUGCUGGAGAUUUUGAUCCUUGACAUCAUCUUGUGGAGGCUAGUUUUCAGAGGCAAUCAGGGGGUAAAUCGCCCCACAGAGCCCUCCUCUGCUGCCACACCUCAGGUGGCCAAUGACCGCUGGGGCUCAUCCUUCCUCUCCUGGUUGUUCUGUCAGAGAAACAAGGCUCCAAGUGUGCGCUACAUGCACCUGGCCCUGGAGCUGCAGGACGACUCUGACUGGCCCCCCAGACCCUCCACUGUCACCUACGCCAGUGAUCCACAGUCCCACAUCUCAGCUCCCCUCUGACACCAACCUGACCAACAAGCAAACUGCUGCACAGACUAAACCUAAAUCCCCAAACAAGCCCGUUAUGUUGAGUUAGCAUGAGUGGAGCUCAGAGAUGUGAUGGAUAGUCAGAUGAUUUUGUUUAGGAUGUGGAUCCUGGUGGGUGCCAGCAAACAAGCCUUCAUAAAGAGUAGGCUUCCCACUGUAACGACUGACUGACACUGUGAGCUGCUCAUACAUAAUGUUCUCUUCCUUUUUGAUUUACCAAUCAAAAUGGACAAACCACCUGCACUUGGAUUUUACUGUCAUGUCACAGAGCUGAAACCUGAGCCCGAGGCCUCUUUGAAAAGAAUAGUUUGGUGUUUUUGGAAAUACUGUGCAUUUAUUUGCUUUCUUACUGUGAGUUAGGUGUGAAAAUUGAUACAACUGAUACCACCAAUUAUGACAGUGACAGCGGGUGGUUAGCCUAGCUUAGCAUAAAGACUGUGAACAUUAGCAAACAGCUAGCUUUUCCAGGGCUUUGUUCAAAUCUUUUAAAUGACUCGUGGUUUUCUGGGUGGUUUAGUCUCUGCUGGGGACCUGGAAACCUCAGAGUGAUGAACACACUCCAGGCUAGCUGUUCCCCCCUGUUUCUGUCUUUGUGCCAAGCUAAGCUAACCGGCUGCUAGCUGUUGCUUCAAAUUAAGUGUUCAGGCAUGUGUGGUGUUGAUCUUCUCAGCUAAUGCUCAGCGUAUUUCCCUGAGUGUCAAACUACUCCUUCAAUGUGACUGGAUGAACUAUUGUUUUCCACUGCCAACUGCAUACACAAUGCAACUACUACACUGCCGUCAGUGAGUGCUAUAUGAGUCUCUCCAUUGUUUUAAACAAUUUUCAUCAUCUGAUCUAACAUCUGAAGUUAGUGAAGAUAUUUUUUGUCAGUUUGACACUGAACAAAACAUCAGAUACAUCAUAUAGAUACAGCAUUCAGCUGCUGCGUUUCUCAUUCACUGUUAAAAGCACCGAAUGAAUCUUUCCACUUCACUGUGGAACAUACAGCCUUCCACUAUCAUUAGCUGCUGCUAAAAUAUAAAAGCUUAAAAGCAGUACAAGGUCAUAUGGAUGUAAAGACACAUGAGUACUGAAAACAGUUUUAUAAAUAUUAGUGGUACUGUUGCAUUUCUAUGACAGAAAACAUUCCACUGCUGCAUUUCUUUAUUGGAGUUGCUUCAUUUGAAAUUCUUCCUGUGGAAGAGAAACAGAAAUAUGUGUCCCUUUUUAAAAUUUUACUCCCAGUGUCACUGUAUGUGUCUGUGUGUAAGAGAAAGACAAGGAGUGUCAGUUAAUAAGAGGAUCAAAAUGAACCAUUUCAUCAUCCCUUGGACGCCUUGUGAAAUGUUCCAUUACUCAAAUUAUGAAUUUCUUUUCUUCAAAAUGUUUUCAUUAAUCAUACCAUUUAACAUCACUAAGGUACUGUACAGAGCUGAUAAUGUUUUAAUUAACGCAAACAGAUUAAUCAAAAUGAAUCUUUGAGACACUGCUGUGACAAUUUUUUAACAGUUGAUUUUAACGUCUGAUUUUUAUACAAUAUUUUUAUGUAACUGUUUACAGCUGUUGAACACAAAUAUUCCUAGUUACGUGUACAAAACAAAAUAAAUGAACAUUUAAAAACUAA